AUGACCGUUCGGCAAAUCACUGGGUCAGUUCGAUUGCGUCGUAUCUUGCAUGGGUUGGGACACACAGCAUCGGUGGCUACUGUUUACAAGCACGGCACUGCUUUAGCCAUUGCCAGCAGCAGAGGACAAGAUAUCAUUAUUCCACGUAAUAUUAACCCGGGCAUAAUUGCCACAGUUGUUUGGGAUAACAACGACUUCAACGAAGAAAUUGUCUCUGGAAAGGGAACUACCCAUUUGGCAAAUGGAAUUAUGUUGCAAAACGGGAACACAACCUUGGGAAAUCAUGUGACUGUGAGUAAAUCGUGCCGUACUGUACAAGGACCAGAAACGUACAUCGCACCUUACACCAACCGAGAAAAAGGAACCAUAUCUUUACGAAGCCAGAGUUCUGACAUUUCCAUUGACGACAAAAGCUAUCAAGAUGAGCAGCAAUUUGCAAGGAAUGCUGAUUUUGUGUACACAUUAUCGCGUUAG